AUGACCGAGUCCGGUCCAUCCUCUCACACCCCCUUAAUAGAUGGUCACAAUGACAUACCAAUCUUGAUCCGCGCCCUUUACAACAACCACAUCUAUCAAGAGAAUUUUACCGACCCGUUCGAGAACGGCGGUUUUUACGGCCAUGUAGACCUGCCUCGGCUACGCAAAGGCCUCAACGGGGGCUUCUUUUGGAGCGUAUUCGUUCCCUGUCCCGCCGAUGGCGAUGACUUCUCCGACGAGAACUAUGCCGAGAGCGUCCAGUUCACUCUGCAGCAGAUUGAUCUCGCCACCAGGCUUAGGGAGGCGUAUCCCGAGCGAUUUUCCGGCAACAUCCGCGCCAGUGACGCCCUCGAUGCCUUCAAGCGCGGCCAACUCAUCUCGCCCCUGGGGAUCGAGGGCCUCCACCAGAUUGGAAAUUCCGUCGCGAAUCUCCGCCGGUUCUACGACUUGGGUGUCCGGUACGCUACACUCACCCACAACUGCCACAACAAAUACGCCGACGCCGCUCUGGUUGAAUCCCCCAUCCGCCUAGCAGAGCCCAAGUGGCAUGGCGUCAGUGCCCAAGGCCAAAGUCUUGUGGCCGAGAUGAAUAGGCUGGGCAUGAUUGUCGACCUUGCUCACACUAGUUCCGCCUACAGCGUUUGCCCCCACCCACGCAAUGUCAAGGACCACGUUCUGCAGCUCGUCAAAGGCCGCAACUCCUCGUCAUGGUCAACUUCAACCCCCUUCAUUGCAUGCAAAGGAUCGGACAACGAGAACGGCCUCCCAGAUGAUGUGCCGGAGGAUUCCAACAUCCACCAGGUCGUGAAGCACAUCUUGCACAUCGGAAGACUCAUUGGCUUCGAUCAUGUAGGUCUAGGGAGUGACUUUGAUGGCAUCGACAAGGCCCCCGAGGGACUCGAAGACGUCUCUAAAUACCCCGCCUUGAUCGCCGAACUUCUCCGCCAGGGCGUGAGCGACGAGGAUGCUGCCAAAGUUGCUGGCGGAAAUAUCCUGCGCGUCUGGGGUGACGUGGAGUCUGUCGCCGCUCGUUUACAGGCAGCCGGAGCAGCUAUCCUGGAGGAUGACCUACCAAGUCUCUGGGGCGGUUCCAUCACCUCACACGACUAA